AUGAACGACUUGCAUAACAACGAAAGUGAUAUAUUAUCUUCACAAACUCAGGGACAAAGAGCCCCAACUAAAAACGCCUCAUCUGGAAAAGCAUAUUUCGACGGUCUGCUAAAACGAAUCAAGGAAAGAAAGAAAAAAGGACAUGUUCUGUCUGAUGAAGAAUGCCAAGAGAGAGCCAGAUUAUUGGUUGAAAAUAUGAUAUCGGCGGCGGAGAAAGACAUAGAAAGCAUGAAACAAUCUAAGCCUGCGAUUGCUAAGUUGGGAAUGUUAAAAGAUGCAAUUGAGGCAAGUAAACCUGCAUGGCGGCAUUUUUGCGUGUCAGAAGGUGUAGCUGAAGCAAUGGCCUCAUGGAUUACAAUCCUACCUGAUGGUUCACUUCCAUCAUUGACAGUACGAACUGCAAUAUUGAAUCUCGCUCAGCAACUCCCCCUACAAGAAUCGGAUCUCCGAGAUAACAAUUUGGGAAGAGCAAUAAUCGCACUUUGGAACCACCCAGACGAGACAGAUGAAAAUAGGGCCAAAAUUAGACAAUUGAUUCAACGUUGGGUUAGACCUAUGUUAGGUCUGGCCACUAGUUACGUUGAUAUACAACGACCUUCUGGGUCACUGGCUGGUGAAAAACAAGGAAACAAAGCAAACUACCACCUAUCAGCCAAUGCGCAGGAUAACAACAAUUUAACCUUCUCGAUCCAACCACGGGGCCUUGAUAUUGAUGGGAUAUCUGAACAGCAAUCUGGAAUCCAACGAAUGAGCAGAUUGAAGUACAAUAUGGACCCUAGAAAGAAAAUACCAUCAAGGGCUGCCCAAGUUGUAACGAAACCAUCGUAA